AUGACUAAACCACAAACAAAAGUGAGUUGGGUAUGGGAAUAUUUUGUUAGAAAACAAAGUGAAAAUGGAGAAAUACGUGCAUAUUUCCUUAAAAUAUUACCAAGUAUAAAAGGUAAAGAAAAAGAAGCAGUAAUUCUAAAUGUUGAAAAUGAUGAUGCAGAAGACGAUGAAACACCAGAAGAAAUAAAUGUUAUUACUAAUACUAGAGAAGCCUUGAAUAGUUUAGAAAAGGUGAUUAGAUAUUUUAAAAAUCCGCCUGAUAAUAUUGCAACAAAUUAUACAGAAUUAAAGACCUUUAAUACUUUAAGAUCAAAAAUUAAUGGCGAAUUCAAGAUGUUUUAA